CGCAAAGUCUUCCAUAAUUUUCCGAGCAUCGUAGCCGGCGGCAUAUCAUCACAUCAGGAGAGAAUGAAGCUGAGAUUGAGAUGUCUUGAAUCGAAACAAACCCUAAGAAUCCAACUGCCGACUCCAUAUACUCUCCAUCAGCUUCAACAAACCCUUUCCCUCUCACUUUCCCCUUCCCCUCCUUCGCCGUCUUCCCUCCGUUUCUCCCUCAACGCUAGGGACGAACUUUCCCCGUCAUCAUCCGACGCGUCACUCGAGUCCCUUGGUGUUACCGCUGGUGACCUCGUCUACUUUUCCCUCAACCCUAAUGCUUUUUCCCCUAAUCCUGAAGCCCUAGUUCAAGGGUCGCCAGUUGCCUUGUGGCAAGAUUAUCCUCGUCCUGAGAGGUCAUUUAAUGCUGUUUUUCGGAGGAACCCCAAUCCAUUCGGGGUUUUUCCAAUGAUAGGCGGUGAUUAUGAUCUCCUCCCAGUGCCUGUUGUGAAUUACCCUUUUGCACGAUCUGGUCUAGCAUUUACCCGGUCCCGGCCACGGCAGACUUUUCGUCCGUAUUGUAACCUAGGACGUACACAUGGUGCUGAGCAUCUCAGCUAAAUAUGAUUGGAUGUUUCUUAAAUACUUUUAUCUUUACUUAAGUAUCAAUAAGUGUGUUGCAAGAAGUUCUACUGGAUUAGAAGCAAGCUGAAAUAUGAUUUAUGGCUUUAACAUUUCUGUUGGUUUUGAUGUUUGUCAGUGUAUGCCAACUCAUGUUAGUGGCUGUAUGUGACUUUUUUUUCAAUAAAAUUGUUUCCUACAU